CUUUCUUUAACAGGGCCUUCGCUUCAAGUGUUUGUCACACUGCCGAUAGACACUUGCCAGCGCGGUACAGGUUUGAACAGCACGCCGGCAUUCUGCUCAGUCUCGGGGUGCACUCGGAAGUGCACGGAUUUGACAUAAACAAUUCAUACUCUGAUUGGUAAUGGGCACCUCUCGGAUAGCAUUGUCAACCCUGGUACAUCUUGCCAGCACUGCUCUGGGGGAAUAUUGCCUGUGCCUGUCCAAACCGCUCGAAAUAGCCGCCUCUUGUGCCUGAUCCUCCACAGUUUUUGAUCUCAUUCUCAUCUCUCAUCCCAACUACGACAUACUCUGCAUGGCGCCCGUGUCGAAUCCUUGCUACCGCCUCAUCUCCCGUCCGUCUGGAUACCCGGACCCUGUCAAGAACUUCCAAUAUGAUACCUCUGGCUCGAUCGAUCCGGACACUAUCGACCUCAAGGGCGGUUUCCUGAUGCAGACGCAGUUUCUUUCGGUUGACCCCUACAUGCGAGGACGAAUGGAUGAGGGGACGUUUGACGCAUGGGAGCUCGGAAACGUUUUCAUGGGGUAUGGGAUCUCAGAAGUCAUUCGAAGUGAGAUACCGGAGUUUCAAGAGGGGGACAUUUUGUACGGAAUCCACCGGUUCGAGCAUUAUACAAUCCAUGAAGGUUGGGAGGCGCAGACCAAAAAAUGGCGCGUCAUACACAAUUUCGAGAACCUACCUCUUUCCGUGUAUCUCGGCGUGGCGGGCAUGCCUGGAAAGACAGCGUACUACGGUAUGAAGGCGAUCGGACAACCUAAGGCAGGCGAAAGUAUAUUCGUGUCUACCGCUGCUGGCGUAGUUGGACAAACAGUUUGCCAACUGUCCAAAGCUUGGGGCCUCAAGGUUCUUGGUUCGACCGGUUCCGACGACAAGGUCAAAUUCCUCCAGGAAGACAUCCACGUUGAUCAUGCGUUCAAUUACAAGAAUAGCUCUACUGCGGACGAGGUAAAAUUAUUCGGUGGGCUGGAUAUCUUCUGGGACAACGUUGGAGGGCAGAUCCUAGAUAUCGCACUGGCGAACAUGAAAAGUCAUGGGCGCAUAAUCAUCUGCGGUCAAAUCGCAAGAUACAACGGAGAAAAUCCUUACGGGAUCAAGAAUGUCUUUAGCAUGGUCUACAACGAAGUCACAAUGAAAGGGCUAUAUGUCAAUUCGUACGAGGAACAGUAUAGCGAGGAGUUCUACUCGACUGUGCCCAAGAUGAUCGCGGACGGCAAAAUGAAGUACACCGAGGAGGUCGUCGUCGGACUUGAGCACGCGGGAGACUUGUUGGUCAAGGUACUGAAGGGGCAGAUCAUGGGGAAAGUUGUUCUGCAGAUGUGGGCUUAGAAUACUAUGUUCACCGAUCUAGUGUUGAGAAUCUAGU